AUGAUAUAUAUUAGGUUUAGUUUUCAAUUGAACUUAUGCAAUCUCCAUGAUUCAGCAAAAUCUGGCAUUAGAGAACUCAGAACUACUCAGCAUGCAACACCUAAGGACACAUGUUCACCUUCUGUUGAGAGUUUGGUCGGCGACACUAAUAAGGGUUAUUCAACUCUAAAGAGAAACAUUGUUGGUGGCGGAUGGACAAAACAGCUUAUUGAUCUCUAUCCGGAUUCUACCGAAGGAUCAUCCACAAAGUGUAGGAAAUUGAAAAUGGCCAGGUUGCUGGUGUUGAUAAACCCCAUCAAAAUUAGUGCAUCCAAAGCCUACAAGAGAAAUUAUGCACAGAUUAAUGAUAAACCUAUAGGAUCACACUAUGUUUCGUACUGUUAAUGCUACUUUCAGU